ACCUAAGGUUCUCUAUUGUUCUAUCAAGUGAGGGGGACUCCUUCUCACAGUUCCGGUUUGUUGAGGAGAAAGAGUGGGAUGGUGAAGCUUCAUGUCCAAAACAGAAUUCAGCAUUUUAUGUGGACUGUGAGUCACUGGCUCGAGCCCUUCAAGAACUGCCUCUCUCACUCCGACUCAAUGUUGCUGCCGAACUGGUCCAGACCACCCUUCCUUUAGAGCUUCCUCAGGUGAAACCAAAGAGAAAUGAGGACGGCAAGGGACUGGGGAUGCAGUUAAAAGGGCCCCUGGGCCCUGGAGGAAAGGGCUCCAUCUCUGAGCUGAAAUCGGCCGCUGCUGGCUGCCCCACGUACCUGGAUAAAGAUGGCCCAAGCCCCGCUCCCUCACAGGGUUCUCGGAAACCCAGCGCCCCACUGCAGUCAGCAGCGGACCACUUGGAGGAAGAAUUAGACCUGCUGCUUAGUUUAGAUGCACCUAUGAGAGAGGGAGAGAACAUCGCACCAGACCGGACCUCUCAGGACCAAAAAUCUGAGAAAGAUGGGAAGGUGGCCCAAGAAGAAAAAGGUCCUGCAGAGCUCUCUGUGAUGGAAGAAAAGAAUGUGGAAUCUGAGCAACCAAGGACAUCAAAAACUAUUACUGAGGAAGAGCUUGAAGACUGGUUGGACAGCAUGAUUUCCUAA